UCAUUUAUUCAUAUUUAUUAGCGUUGUCUGGCAAAAAGGACACAUAUGCCAAAUGUGACCGGAGGAUCUUCUGACCAAUCACAAACCACUUUGCUGUGAGGUGGACGACGGUUGUACGCAUGUGCGCAGGCGGCUGUGUGUGAUGUGAAAAGAGAGAAACAGAAAUGGAUCCACAAAAAGAAGUGCAACCGCCCAAACAGCAACCUAUGAUCUACAUAUGUGGAGAAUGUCACACUGAAAAUGAAAUUAAGGCCCGUGAUCCAAUCCGAUGCAGAGAGUGCGGUUACAGGAUCAUGUACAAGAAGAGAACAAAGAGAUUGGUUGUUUUUGAUGCCCGAUGAAGAAGAGGAGAGCAGCAGCUUUGAUUAUUAUUGUUUUGUACUAUUUUUGUAGUAUAUGACCAUGUAAAUAAAUGGACCUCCAGGCCUGGCUCCAGAUUUGUGAAUUAUACUUAAAACUCACCAUUUUCAUGUCGACAUAUUGCUGUUUUUUCCCCGCAAGAGUGAUGGAUGGAAAUUGUGGUUUAUUAAAAACUUGAUUUUCACUGA